AUGGUCUCGCUUCUGAUCGAGGAUGCGCUGAUCAAGGAUGCCUGCCUGAGCGCGCCCUCGACGAGCUUCCGGCGCUCGAGCUCGUGGCCGAAGACGUGGGCGCGGCUGCGGUUCCGGCUGCGCAGGCAGUGGAGCCAGCCGGCGUUCCUCGAGCCCUUCUCGCUCUGGCUGCUGGCCCUGGCGGUGCUGGUGGUCGUCGCGCGCGAGACGCUGGGCGGGCCGGGCAGCUGGGCGGGCGGGCUGGCCUGGCACGACCUGCCCUUCCGGGCCCGCUGCGGCUUCCCCACCGACGAUCCCCCGCCGGCCCAGCCGCCGCUCAUCGCCGCCCUCCCCGGCCUCCGUCUGCUCACCCACGCCGCGCCCUUCCGCAGGCCGCCCCGGGCCCUCAUCCUCCUCGAGGCCAUCCAGGCCGCACUCGCCCUCCUCCAGCCCGCACAGCACUUCCUGCCCCAAUGGAUCCUCCCCAAGCUGCUCACCCUCCCCCCCUGGCUCACCCGUCGCCGCCGUAACGCCCUCCGCCGAAGAACCCCCGCCGACCCGCCCCCCCGCCCCGACCACCCGCUCCGCCUCUUCCCCCCCGCCGACCCGCCCCCGCCCCCCGUCGAGGUCGAGACCAAGUGGCUGCUCGGCGUGCUCGUCGAAGCCAGCAUCGGGACCAGCGCGAUCCUCGGCUACAUCAUCGUCAUGGUGCACAUCCCGUACGCCUCCCACUACUCGAUCCCCUUCUUCCUCGCCGUCUACGCCAUCAAGGCCACCUGCAGCAUCUGCUUCGAGGACGCUGCUGGGGCCGACGACCUCCCGCCCGCCGACUGGCUCCACUACCAGACCUUCUGCCCCGUCUGCCACCGCGACGUCCUCUAG